ACCAGUCACUCUACAGUCUACACACCUCCGAGCUGUGGGGCAAAUAGAAUUGAAUACUGUGUGCGGCGAUAGAAGCAAAGCUCCAUUUCCGCCGCUCUCUUCUUCCUCAUGUCCAACUUCCAACGUCAUCCGCAUAACAUUGGCCCUCCCUCCAUAAUGGCAGACGAACUCCAAUCCAAACCCUAGAAAUCCAAUCUCCAAAUAGCAAACUCAUUAUUAUACUUACCAUACAUUUCACCUAACUAUACCUCUAAAUUAGUCGACACACGUUACACUACCCCUCGCAUUUUUUCCAAUGCCAGAACUCGAUGCCUUGUUGAGAAACUCUACCUCGUUCGAACAGCCUCAUUGCAGAGCUUCAACCGAUUCGAUUUCCUUACUCGGAGUCGGAGGAUUAUUCCUCGAAAACACCGUUUCCUCUUCAAUUGUUGACGUAUUUUCUGUAGAUUCCUCUAGUCGUCGUCGUAAGCCGGUUGUUUUUGGGGGGCUCAGGCGGAGAAGUAGGGUUUCGGCUUGUGAAUUUUUGUCCGUGAGUUCGUCAGUCAGCAGAACCGAAGAGCUGCUGAGGAAUUCGACCAAGCACUUUGUGCAAGAUGGAGGUAAGAGCUCAAAGGAGACGGAAGAGGCGGCGGUUGGAGGAGGGGGAAAGAAGCAGAAGGUGGGACUGCGGCCGGGACGACGUGGCGCGGUGAACACCACGAAGCAUCUUUGGUCCGGAGCUGUGUCCGCCAUGGUGUCGAGAACUCUCGUUGCACCACUUGAGAGACUAAAGCUUGAAUAUAUGGUUCGGGGUGAGCAGAAGAAUCUCUUUGAGCUGAUCAAAAGCAUUGCAGCUUCGCAAGGCUUAAGGGGAUUUUGGAAGGGGAACUUGGUCAACAUACUUCGCACAGCUCCAUUUAAGGCAAUCAACUUUUAUUGUUAUGAUUCAUACAGGAAGCAAUUCCUCAGAUUCUCUGGCAAUGAAGAAGUCACAAACUUUGAGAGGUUUAUUGCUGGUGCGGCAUCUGGCAUUACUGCAUCUAUGCUCUGCUUACCACUGGACACUAUCCGCACAAAAUUGGUGGCACCUGGUGGGGAAGCUUUGGGUGGUGUGGUGGGUGCUUUCCGCAAUGUUAUCCUGACUGAAGGGUUCUUCUCUCUUUACAAGGGCUUAUUGCCCUCUAUUAUGAGUGUGGCUCCUUCAGGUGCAGUUUUCUACGGGGUGUAUGAUAUAUUGAAAUCAGCUUAUCUGCAUUCACCUGAGGGAAGGAAAAGGAUUCAGUACAUGAAGGAACAGGGCCAGGAACUGAGUGCUCUAGACCAGCUGGAGUUGGGACCCGUCCGAACCUUGCUACAUGGGGCUAUUUCUGGUGCUUGUGCCGAGGCUAGUACCUAUCCAUUUGAAGUUCUCCGGAGGCAGCUUCAGUUACAAAGUAAAGCAAACAAAUUAAGUGCAUUGGCGACUUUUGUCAAGAUAGUGGAGCGAGGAGGCAUUCCAGCUCUCUAUGCAGGACUGUUUCCUAGUUUAUUGCAGGUCUUACCUUCAGCUGCUAUAAGUUACUUUGUCUAUGAGUUCAUGAAGAUUGUUCUCAAAGUGGAAUAAAUUGAGAACAGAUGCACUCAAGUCAAAGAUAACUACCAGAGAAAAGUCUAGAGUCAGAACUAAAAUGAUUGCCACCGACUCUCUCUCUCCCUAUCCAUCUCUCUCUAGAUGAAUAAGGUGCAGUUUUCAUUUGGAUUCUCUCUUGUAAAUUGUGAUUCACAAAUCUCGUUACCUUCGUCUUGACAAUGAAACACAACACGAUUAACGAUUGUAAAUUUGGAGUUUCCUUCAAGGUCUUGUUAUCCUUGUGCAGAAUAAUAUCCUUGCCCAUCUGUAGCCUAUCAGUGGUAACAAGCUCACUUAUUACAAGUGUAUGGUCCUUUUUAUGUUAUAAACAGAAAUAUAAAGACGAUGCAGUAGCAAAGAUGUUUUGACAAAAA